AUGAGUUUCGGAAGCCCUGGCGGCCGCGCAGUUAACAUCAAGCCUACUCCACCGGAGCGAGGCAGCUUCCCACUCGACCACGACGGAGAAUGCAAGUCGAUAAUAGCAGGGUACUUGCAAUGUCUGAAGUCAGCGCGCGGCGUCAACGAUGAAGCUUGUCGAAAACUCGCAAAGAGCUAUCUAAGCUGCCGAAUGGAGAAGAACCUGAUGGCGCCGGACGAAUUCAAGAAUCUCGGGCUGGUAUUUGACGACGACAAGCCGGGAGAGACCAAGACGAGCAACGCGCAGACAGAACCGGACAAACCGCCGUUAAGCAGUAAGAAGUGA